AUGUUGCUAGGGACCGGACCGGCGCUGUCUUGUCUCAGCAUCGGGCAAUACAAUAUCUCCAAACGACCCAGCGACGAGUUAAUCCUCCAAAAAACUCAAUUCGGAUGGGUCAUUGGAGGUAGCGUCCCGAUCCCUACGCCGCGAACAACACGCAACACGUUUUCCACCACCAUACAGUUCGAUUUACAAAAUUUCUGGGAGGUCGAAGAAGGACCCCAUAGGCACCAUCCAACACUCGAAGAGCAGGAGUGCGAAACACAUUUCAGCAACAACGUCAAGCGUGACGCGUCCGGACGAUACAUGGUCGCGUUACCCUUCAACGAAAAAAGGGAGGAACUCGGAGGUUCUCGGUCGAUGGCCCUCAAACGCUUCUUGGCACUCGAGCGGAGAUUAGCGCGGAACGACGAAUUACGAAAACAAUACCACCAAGUAAUCAACGAGUACCUCGCGCUCGGGCACAUGACACAGGUAGACACCGUCGAUACACCCGGGUGCUACCUACCACACCACGCCGUUGAAAAACCCUCAAGCACGACCACGAAGGUUCGCGUAGUCUUCGACGGCUCCGCCAAGUCGACCAGCGGCCUAUCAUUAAACGACACGUUACUGACGGGCCCCACCAUCCAAGACGAUUUAUUCACCUUGUUGAUUCGGUUUCGAAUGCACGCAGUUGUCCUAACCGCGGACAUCGAAAAGAUGUACCGGCAAUUCAUUGUCCGACCGGACGACCGUGCAUACUAA